CAGAUGAACUUUUGUAGGCGGUGUAAGUGAAGAGAUUUAAAACGGCGUGUAACUUGUGUACUAUACCAGCUGGUGUGAUCCUGUAUACGGGAACCACUGGCUGCUCUAAAAAUGUUAGAAACAAGAGAACAAAUCCACCGAGAAUGAGAUCUGUAACAAAUGUCAAGAUGUUGGUGCUAUUGCUCGCCUGGCAUGUGGUGCUCGCGACAGGCGAGCGGCUCGUGAUCAUAGAGUCCGGCGAGGCUCGCAGGGGCCGAGGAGACCCCGACUUUCCUGGCUACGAGAACCACCUCGGCCACCUCGGCGACCGCGUCUCUGGCAUGUCACCGCAAGACACCUACCAGGGGCCCUCGUACGCCGACCCGUCGCUGCUCUCGGCCGUUAUGCUGCAGGCUGAGAACGCAAACUUCGAGUACAACUACAAGAAGCCGAGCACCACGACCGUGGUGACGAGUGAACGAGUCAACCCUCACGGUAGCGUCCCUAAACCUUGGGAUGUCAGAGACACGAGCUCUGGGCACAUAGACUGGGGGCUUGCAGCUAGGAAAGAACCUGAGAAACCAAAGCCUCUUAUCAUCGGUGGCUAUGCCAGCACGAUACUUCAAGGCAACAGCAAAGAAAGGCUUUACGCGACAGCAAUCGGCACACAAGCUCCCAAGCCCGCGUUUGUUGCCACCCGCAAGCCUCUUACUGAGCCGCCAUUACUGAUGACAAAGCCGACGGUGACCUCUACCCCUGAUGUCAACUCUACGACCGCUUCUUCAUCGCCUGCUACCAGGCUUGUGCAGGAGGUGAAAAUGACUCGAGCAACACCUUUCCAGAGACGUCGUCUCGACACCAAAAGACCUCAACUUUUGUAUCGUGACAGUCCAAAACCAUCAAAACCGACUCUUGCUGUCAAACUUGGACUUUCUUUGCCGUCACAGAUUCAAACGUUCACUAGUAGCUCCACCACUACUGCAAGAACCGCUACAAAAACGCCAGAAACGACUCAAGCUGUCGUGGUGACCACUUCUUCUCCGAGAACAACGUUAGGAACAACCACCACUACAAUCACUCCUCCAACUACUACCACUAUUGCAAAAGUAGGCGAUCGACCAUCAGAUGUAUUCCCAAAAAGUGCUCGGUAUCAGGUAGUAACAACAACAACAGUUCGACCAAAUCGGUUCCGUCAGGUAUUCGGCAGCAAAACCAGACAUGAACUCCCGCCUAAUAUUUUACCGGUGCCGCCCAACCGUUUUCGAAAACGACCUGUGCGCACUCGGCGACCAUCCGCUGGGAUAAUUCGUGUAGUAACUACAACAACAACCACGACUGCUCGUCCCAUCCGCACAACUACCACUACCACUACAAAAAAAUUAAUACGUUCAACAACUCAAAAGCCGUUCCCGACUUCCACUCCCAAAGCUGAAACGAAGAAAGCUUUAUCUGAUAUAUUGUCGCACCACACAGACGGCGUGCCAGACCAAGCUAAACGCCCUGCAACCAUACAUAAGGCUCCGGCUCGAGUACCUGCUGCUAAAAGCACCACAACUACCACUUCUACCACCGAGGCACCGUCAUUCCGCUACACCAAGGCUGCCUCUUUCACUCGAAGCAAACCUACGCACAAAAUCAACUCUCACCACUUCGUCACAACUGAAAAAAUAGUUGCACCAGCAGUAUCGUAUGAGAACAAUGUCUUCAGCACUGUUAAUAAUAUCCCAUCACAAGGCUACGCUAAGGUAAGCACCAAUUAUCAAGCCUCGCAAACAUUUCCUUUUAUUCCCUCUAACACAGUUACUCAUUUUGACCCUUCCCCGCCACCAAGCGAUUCAUUCCGACCCAUCCCGAUGAGUUACUCGCACCCGCUGCUCAGCAACAACCCAGUUCCUUCCCAUGACAAGCCCACUUUACAUUACCAGGACCCAACUCAUUAUCUGUCUGGCAGCCAAAAAUACCACGAACACAACUUUAAGACCGCGACAGCUUCACCUCCCUCCCUGGAACACUCAUUUAGGCCCAUGCAUUCUUACGAAAACGAGGAAAUUAACGUUAUCCGACCUGAAGAUUUCCGGGAUCCUCCGCCAUUACUGACGUCGAGUGAAGAAAGAGAUGAGCGGCGGCCGAGCUCCAGGCCUCACAAGUACAGAGAUGACGAUAUUCCGCGACGAGAAGAUUAUCGGCGUAGAGAAGACGAUCAUCCACGUCGAGAAGACGACUAUCUUCGGAGAGAUGAUGACUAUUCACGGAAAGAUGACGACUACCGUCGUAGAGAAGACGACUAUCCGCGUAGACGUGACGAUGACCGUAGGCGGCCUCCGCCCCCUCCACCACCUCCUCCUCAUUUCUUUUUCUCGCGUCAGAAGCAACUCGCUGACGCGUUCCGGCGAUACCACGGCAACAGAAGGAGCAGUAGCUCGUCAAUCAUGGAUAUGUUCUCCGGACCUUCUGGGCCGCGCCAUUCUAGACGUCCUCCACCACCACCCCCUCCUCCUCCUCCUCCCCCUCCACCACCGCCACCUCCACCCCCUCCUCCUGCAGUGAUGAAGCACUAUCCGGUGUACCGUCCGUCACCACCACGCCCAGAGACAACCACCACCACCACCACAACCACAACUACGACAACACCUGCCCCAACUCCCCCGCACUACCAUUACAGUCCCAGUGAUUACAAUAAGCAUCAACUGCCACCAAACCCUUCCUACCGACUGGAAUCCAGGGAAAAAAAUUCAUUUGCCGACUUCAAGUUCGUGAAAGGUAAAAUUAUCCACAACAAACCCCUGCAGAUUUCAAAUACUGCUACAGUCUACAAGCUCGCUCCGUUGUCUUCUGUGCACAAAGAUGCGUUACUCCAAAACGCUGUCGAGAAAUCGCACGGCGGACCAAAGGUUCUAAGACCAGGCCAAUUCAAAAUAGUUUCAAAGGAUGCUCUGAAGUACGACCAGGACAAAAUCAAAAUGUAUCGUCCACCCAAGCCGCAAUAUCACGAGCCCGACUCUUCAUUUUCUCUCACUAACUUUUUCUCUAAUUUCCACGACUUCAUGGGAGGAAACCUGAACAUUCGACGCAGAGGAAAAAUGCCAGAAGACGCUAGUGAUACGAUCCUAUCGGUGCAAGGUGCCAAUAGCAUUAAGGUGGACCCGAAACCGUCCGUACAUCAAGUACAACUGCCACACAGCUCUGAAAAGUUUAAUGUUGUGGGUCCAUUCCACGAACCUCCUUCCGGUCUGUCUCCCCUAACACCUGAUGAUGUUCAGUAUCCUGCGAGCGCAUUCCACCAAAGGACGUUCGUGCCCAGCUACAUGAAUCCUUCUGUUCCUUACUCUGGUGCAAGUGCACCCCAAACCGUUACGGAUUUGUACGAUAGUAAUCAUGAGACUGAUGUUUCAGCCGCUGAUUCUCUGUUGUCAAGUGGAUACGAGCUCUUAGCCUAUCCAGGCUCCUAUGGCGGUGACAUGAGCGAGCAAGCCGCAUUCAAUGAAGUCACGUCCAGUUACGCCAUGAAUUAUUUGCAUGGAGCUGACGGCAGUGACAGUUCUGCGACAGUCGAUGACGAGUCAGUCAGUGACGCUGUGUCCAACAAUGAUCCUCUUGUAACUUUUGAUACAAUAUUUUCGUCCGCGUCCAUAGCAAUGUCAAAGAAAGACCCGUAUGAGAAUCAUGUACUGGAAAAUAACGAAGCUUCUCAGAACGUAACUGAAGCCUCUCCCGUGACACCCACAACGACGCCUCUUCCAAGUGUGACGCCUAUGAAGGUUACAGAGUUCAACCCAUACGCUGGCCACCGACCUCAACCCAUGUUAGGCCACGCAGCCGAGCACACUCACGAGAAGAAAGCGGUCAGCCCACAAGCAUCUUAUGGCGGUUGGAGUGCCAUGGUCAUCCCUGUACCGGUACCUCUGCGAGAAAACCUCAGAACUGCGGAUGGAAACAUUUUGACGCAUUCAGAGCUGAGUAACAGUCCGCGAUCUUUUGUGAAUAAUCAGUAAAUUAUCACUAUAGAAUCCUUCAUCCCUUGCACGCAACGAUAAAACGGAAAUUGGAGUGGGCCGAUGAGCUGAUCCGUAGAGAUGCCCAGCUUGAAACCUGAUGUGCGAAGAUAAGAUGUGGGAUUUUCGUCAAGAUUAAACAUCGAAACACCCGCGGACGUUUCAAGUUAUCAUUUGUGAUCAUCUUGGUUUAAUGAUUUGACUUUCACUCGGGAAGCGCUAGGUACUUCUUACUUCUUUGUUUGAAUCCCAAAACUCUACCUAAAUUCAUAUUUUUAAUUGCAAUGGAGCGAUAUUUUUUCAACUGUAUAAGUGCGCGGACCAAAAUUUUGAAAAACUUUGGAAUUUUAUCUACGAAGAAUGCUCUUUACGUCACAUUUGUUUUGUGGUCCCUGACUGACAUACCAGAGUGCCGAGACGAAUUUGAACGUUUCGAGAAAUAGAUCAGAGAAUGCAGAAUUGGGAAUAGUUCUUAGAAUUUCAUGAGGUCUGAGGUCUUUGUUAGUAGCGAGGUCUGUUGCAGUAUUUGUCAUAGUCCAUUGAAUGUCAUGGGGUCUGAGGUCUUUGUUAGUAGCGAGGUCUGUUGCAGUAUUUGUCAUAGUCCAUUGAAUGUCAUGGGGUCUGAGGUCUUUGUUAGUAGCGAGGUCUGUUGCAGUAUUUUUCAUAGUCCAUUGAAUGUCAUGGGGUCUGAGGUCUUGGCGUUGGUGAAUGUAUUGUAAUCACCUAAACCCUGUUUAUAAUUCGCAACAAUUGCAGCUUUUUCAUGCAUUUAAAUUUCCAAGAUUAUUAUCGACAGAAUCACUGUAGUAGAUGUAUAAUGUAACGGACAUCCUAAGUCUAGUGUAUAAUAAUUGUAGGAAUAUAUUUUGAUGGCAUCUAGGUUAAUAACAUACGUAGCUUAGGGAUUAAUGUCACCUUAUACCCGCCUGUCUUACCAGCGCUGCUUCAUGAAUGUUGGUCGAAGACGCGAGCUUCUCGCGUCACAGUCGCGAUGAGGUGAAGAGAGUUAGCAGACCAAACUAUAGCACACCAGCGCCUGGUCUCAGAUAGGUCUAAUUGAAUGCAUUAAUGUCAAAUAGAUUACGAACCUGUGAACCGUUCACACAAGUCUCUUAAUCCCUCCUUUGACUUUCAUGGACCAUUUCAUACAUUCUUACACGUAUCAUAAUACUCUCAUUCGACUUACGCGUAUUCAUUACAGUAGAUUGUUUUUCUGAGGAAGAGGCACCAGCCGUGCACAAAAACCUCGUCUGUAGCUCGCGUCGCUCCAAUCAUUUACUUCAACGAUCGAAUGGUGUCCUUAAUCUCAUCGACGCGCAGCAAUUAUUUAUAACGUAGCGGAAAGGCAUUCCUUUAGUGAAUAAGUAAUUAUAUAUUGAGUAAGCGA